AUGUCCAAAUACGACCGCGCCCUCGAGCGCAUCGACCUAGCCCACAAAGACGACCCAAACACCAUAGAAGUGAACAACGAAACCCUCCCCUACGAACUCCACUAUGCCCAAAAGAUGACCAAAUACCUCGAGCGCCUAAAUCCCACCGCCUCCGAUCUCCUCCGCCUCGCAAUCCGCGCCCAACACCUCCGCCGCUGGGAAACCCCGCGCGCGUCCUACCCCGCCACGAAAAUUGGGUACCACUCCUGGCGCGGCGCGCUACAGCGCACACAGGCCGCAUUAGUUGAGAAGAUCUGUCUGGAAAGCGGGUAUGAAGCUGAGGAUGCGGCGCGCGUAGGCGCGAUGGUGCGCAAGGCGGAUUUGAGGAAGGGAGAUCCCGACACGCAGACUUUGGAGGAUGUGGCUUGUCUUGUGUUCUUGGAUGAUCAGUUCGAUAAGUUUGAGAAGGAUAUUGGGGAUGAGGAGAAGAUUCUGGACAUCUUGAGGAAGACUUGGGGCAAGAUGUCUGAGGCUGGACGGGCUGAGGCUUUGAAGCUUGACUUGUCGGAGAGGGGGAGUGCUUUGGUUUCGAAGGCUUUGGCGGGAUGA